AUAACAUGGUGUCGUCUAUUUCUUAUUUUGUCUUUAUUUUAUAUCUGUUACAUCAUGCUUCCAAAGUCCUCUAAAUAAACAUCAACAAAUGUUUGUUUACUCCCAAUUUUGUUUUUUCUUUUUCUUCAUAUAUUAAUAAUGCAACUUUUCUAUCUUUGCUUAGCCUAAUUCAUCACUUUGUUGCUUUUUCUUUCUUUCUCUCUCUCAAGUAUAAGAAGAGUGUUUAAUGAGUGUUUUUGUGUUGCAAAAAUGUAUAGAGAAAAUGGUCUUCUUUUUCCAUGGUCAUAUCUACACAAUUUCUCACAAGAGCUUCAUCAACUUGAAGAGUAUUGCCAAACCCAGAAGUUCAAUGCAUCAAUGGGUGACCUUUUUCAGUUUUCUGCAAUGUCCGAGUAUGAUUUUGCAGCUGAAGGAGAUCUGUUCAAAGCACCUGAACUGAUUGUCGAAGAGUCAGGCAUUGAGAUGGAUCCUAUGACAUCGGCGAUCUCAAUGAUAUCUUGUGGCGAGGAUGUAAAAUCUGCAGAUAUUUCUAUUCUUCAAAACGAACAACUUCUCAGCGAUGUAUUCUAUGAUUGCAAAAAGGAUCUAUUCGAAAAGACCGCAAUGGAGUCACCACUGUCUGAGAUUCUUGAAAUCAAGGUUCCACUAUUGAGCAUUGAUGAGAACACAAUUCAAGAAAACAAACAACUUCCUGACAUGACAUUAUCGAAGAGUGUCAGCUCAGGAUGUUUAAGCUCAAUGUACUGGAUGCAUGGAUCUGCUGCAAUCAAGCCUGCUUUCCUCGGUGUCUCGGAAAUAGAUUUUGAUGCAGUUUAUGGCAUGAGGAGAUCAUUUAGUGAAGGAGAUAUAAAGACUCUUGGCAACGGUAAUAUGAACACUGUCGAAUCUCCCCGAGAGAGGCCCUUUUUUACUAGCAGCGAGGAGCGCCUACAAAAGCUCUCGAGAUACAGGAACAAGAAGGCAAAGAGGAAUUUUGGGAGGAAAAUCAAGUAUGCUUGCAGGAAGGCUCUAGCUGAUAGUCAACCAAGAAUCCGCGGAAGAUUUGCAAAGAAUGAAGAAUCUGAGGCAAAUAGGGAAUGAUCAUUUAUCUGAUCAAGAUAUAUGAAUGAAGAGCUCAGCAUAAUAUGUUUGGUAUUACGGUGGAUGCAUCAAAAUCACGGUGAUCUACUAUGAUUUUGUAGAAGCUACACUCUGUAGUCUUUGAAAAAUCACCAUGGGUCACUGUGAUUCUGACAUAUCAUCAACCUAAUACCAAGCAUACACUUAGAAUUGUAAUAUAUCUGGUGGAGGAGUUGGAUAAGUUGAACAAGCAAUUGUGAAAUAAAGUAGGUGUCAAGUUUCUUAGAGUAUCUUUAAGUUCUAGUUUCAGAUAUGUAAAUAAGUUUGUUCAAUAAGAGUGAGGGGUAAAAAAGUGCUCCAAUCCCAUGUUCAUAUGAAUCUAUGUGUGUCAAAUUACAAUAUCUUGAAAAAUGCUAGGUACACAAUUGAGAAACUGAAUUGCAUGAAAUGGUGGGGGAAAAAAUGUGUAAUUACUAAUUAUAUUAGUCAAUGGUUAGGAUCUAUGGUUAUGCAGUAUUAAAAUAAUAAUUGAUAAUUGAUAUACUUACACA